AGUAGUCACUACCCUGAGAUUUGCAGGCUUGCAACAUGGCAGAAGCGGAUCUUAAAAUGGUCUUGGAACCUGCCGCCCAGGGUGUUGCUGAAGAGGAGAUGGCUAGCUCCACUAGUGAUUCUGGGGAAGAAUCUGAUAGCAGUAGCUCUAGCAGCAACAGUAGUUGCAGGAGCGCGGCCACCGCGCCCCCAACCGCCAGCCGCUUAUACGGAAAGAAGAGGGUACCUGAGCCUUCCAGAAGGGCGCGGCGAGCUCCUUCUGGUACAAAUUUCGUGGAUAAGCUGCCCCAGGCAGUUAGAAAUCGUGUGCAGGCGCUCAGAAAUAUUCAAGAUGAAUGUGACAAGGUAGAUGCCCUGUUCUUAAAGGCAAUUCAUGAUCUUGAAAGAAAAUAUGCUGAGCUCAAUAAGCCUCUAUAUGAUAGGCGAUUUCAAAUAAUCAAUGCAGAAUAUGAACCUACGGAAGAAGAAUGUGAGUGGAAUUCAGAGGAUGAGGAGUUUAGCAGUGAUGAGGAGGUGCAGGAUGACACUCCUAGUGAAAUGCCUCCUUUAGAGGGUGAGGAAGAAGAAGAUCCUAAGGAAAAACCUGAAGUGAAGAUUGAAGAAAAGGAAGUUGCUAAAAAAAUUCCUGAAGUAAUGUCUGAAGAAAAGGAAUAUCCAAAAGAAAUUUCUGAGGUAAUGUCUGAAGAAAAGGAAGUUCCUAAAGAAAGUCCUGAGGUAAAGGCUGAAGAAAAGGAAGUUCCUAAAGAAAUCUCUGAGGUAAAGGCUGAAGAGAAAGCAGAUUGUAACCUAUGUGUGGAGGCAAUGCCUGAAGUAAAAGAAGAUCCUAAAGUCUCCGAGGCAAAGGCAGAAGAUAAAGAGCAGCCUAAAGCAAUAGAGGCUAAGGCAAGGGUUCCAGUAAGAGAGGCUCAUAAGAGAUUUCCAGAGGAAAGGCCCAGAGAAAGAGUGAAUCUUAAAAGAGCUAGGAAGGGAAAACCUAAAAGAGAAGAUCCUAAAGGCAUUCCUAGCUAUUGGUUGACUGUUUUGAAGAAUGUUGACAAGCUUGGGCCUAUGAUUCAGAAGUAUGAUGAGCCCAUUCUGAAGUUCUUGUCUGAUGUUAGCCUGAAGUUCUCAAAACCUGGCCAGCCUAUAAGUUACACCUUUGAAUUUUAUUUUCUGCCCAAUCCAUAUUUCAGAAAUGAAGUGCUUAUGAAGACAUAUAUAAUAAAGUCAAAACCAGAUCAUAAUGAUCCCUUCUUCUCUUGGGGAUGGGAAAUAGAAGAUUGCAAAGGCUGUAAGAUAGAUUGGAGAAGAGGAAAGGAUGUUACUGUGACAACCACCCACAGUCGCACCACUGCUACUGGCGAAAUUGAAAUCCAGCCAAGAGUGGUUCCUAAUGCAUCAUUCUUCAAUUUCUUUAGUCCUCCUGAGAUUCCAAAGAUUGGAAAACUAGAACCAAGAGAAGAUGCUAUACUUGAUGAGGACUUUGAAAUUGGUCAAAUUUUACAUGAUAAUGUCAUUCUGAAAUCAGUAUAUUACUAUACAGGGGAAGUUAAUGUUAAUGGUACCUAUUAUCAAGCUUUCAAAGAUUAUGGAAACAGAAAAUAUAAAAAAUGAGAAAGAGGCUGGCUGAAAGAAUUUUCAAGAAUCAAAAAAUUCAAGCAGAAGUUAAGCAGGUUCAUAUAGUCUUGCAAAACAAAUAAGAAAACCUGCCCUAUAACCUGAACAGUCUUGUGUUUUUGUAUUUUCUUGGUAGUCCAAUUUAAAAACUUGUCCUGAAAAGUGUUUAAGUAUCAGUUUAUUCUAUUUAGCCUGUUGUACUGUAAUAUCUUCAAAAUAUGUAAACUGCUAUUAUCUAAAGCAUGUUUGUUUGGUGCUACAGAGUUGAUUUUUGUGAAGUCUUUUUGUCAUGUUUCUAUUAGAGUAUAGCCAUGAAAACUGUCAGAAUUAUUAACUGAGACAAAGAUUUGCUUUAUAAAAAAAAAAGUCCCUACCCUAAAGUACCAAUGUAAGUGUUCUUUUUUUUUUCCAUUUUCCUUUUCCCAGCCCAGAAGACUAAGGGUUUAAAUCUGCUUGCACUAGCUGUGCCUUCAUUACUUUGCUAUACAGUGUUUAUACUAACUAGAACAGUGCAUUGUGAAAUUUGACUGCUUGGGAAAAAAAAAUGAUUAGCAUAUAUUUAAGAAUGUCUGUGAAGACCACAUUUGAUAAGACUGUGAGCUUGUUUAUGUGACAUAGUGGUCUAUAAAUCUGAUCAUAAUGAAGUUAUUGUUUACCAUUGAGGUGUUAAUAUAACAAAGUAUUUUUUAAAUGUUUCUUCAUCUUAUAUUGUGAAAUUGUAAACUAAAGAUACCACAUUUUCUUUAUAAUAUGUUCUACUUUACCUGUCACUGAAAAUGAUCACUUUACAUCAUUUGAUACUUUUUUCAUGUUCUUUUAUUGUAAUCUAAA